GCAAUACUUGGAAGUUCUUGGUCAAUUAUCAUACGGUAAAAUAUAUAGAUUGAAAAACAGAAGAUCGGAAAAUCUUGAUCAAGACAACCUCAAUAACUAGACAUAAUGCAAUUUCUUUUGAUUUUGCUCUUAGCUCUUCCCAUAAUCCUCAUCCUCUACUUUCAAACACAUAAACCAAAACUCCCUCCACCGCCACCGGGCCCGCCGCGGCUGCCGUUCAUCGGCAAUCUGCACCACUUCGACAGCCGGUCUCCGCACACGUACCUCCACCGCCUCUCGGAGAAGUACGGCCCCGUCACGUCCCUCAAGCUCGGAUUCCGGCGAGUCGUCGUGAUCUCCUCGGCCGAUGCAGUGAAAGAGAUCAUGAAAUCCCACGACGCCGUUUUCUCAAGCCGGCCGGCUCUCGCUACCGUCCGGAGGCUGACAUAUAACUACCUAGACGUCGCGUUCUCGCCCUACAACGACACGUGGAGGGAGAUGAGGAAGAUUUCCACCAUCCAUCUCUUUAGCACGAAGCAAGUUCAAUCUUUCCGCCCCAUUUUCAAAGACGAAGUGUCGAAGAUGAUGGAGAAGAUUGCUCGAGACGCCGCCUCAUCGGCCGUCACCGAUUUCAGUGAGACGAUGAUGUCGCUUUCGAGUAACACCAUCUGCAGAGUUGCGUUUGGGAAGAGCUAUGGAGACGAAAGGUAUGGAAAGAAUCGUUUCUACGAUCUUCUUCGCGACGCUCAGUCGCUUCUCGGAGGCUUUUUCAUGGCGGAUUACUUCCCUUCACUUCAAUGGAUUGAUCAUCUCUCUGGAAUGGCUGCAAAGCUAGACAAGAAUUUUCAAGACAUGGAUUCUUUCUAUGAAGAAGUGAUUGAAGAGCACAUGAAUCCAAAUAGGCCAAAAUCUAUGGAAGGAGACAUCGUUGAUAUUUUGCUUAGGAUUAAACAAAAUGGAUCUUUUUCCUUUGAUCUUACACUAGACCACAUCAAAGCACUACUUAUGAACAUAAUAGCCGGAGGCAGCGACACGACUGCAGCUGCUUUAGUGUGGGCGCUGACGGCGUUGAUGAAGAAGCCUUCGUUGAUGAAGAAAGUGCAAGCUGAGAUAAGGCAGUUGGCCGGAAAGAAAGAGAUGAUCGACGAAGAAGACACAGAGAAACUGCCAUAUUUGAGGGCAGUUGUAAAGGAGACUCUGAGAUUGUAUCCACCAGCUCCACUUUUACUCCCAAGAGAUACUACCAAGAAAUGUAGGAUAAAUGGUUACGAAAUUGAAGGUGGGAGUAUGGUGUACAUCAAUGCUUGGGCUAUUGCAAGAGACCCCGCCACGUGGGAAGACGCAGAUGAGUUCUUGCCGGAGAGAUUCUUGGAGGCUGACCUCGACGUGAGGGGUCAGAAUCCGGAGGUGAUCCCGUUUGGAUUUGGCCGGAGAAGGUGUCCCGGAAUAGGUAUUGCGAUGGCUGAAAUUGAACUUGCAUUGGCAAAUGUUGUGUGCAAAUUUGAAUGGGAAUUGCCUCUUGGAAUGAAGGAAGAGGACAUUGAUUUCGAGGUUUUACCUGGAAUCACAAUGCAUAAGAAGAAUCCUCUUCGCCUUGUUCCUAAACUGGUGUUUGUCUAAAUUUAUAUGCCUAUGUGAUGUAAAAUAUGAUGUUAUUACCCACUAUUUUAACUAUGUUCUAAUUAGCUACUUCCAAAUUCCAAUACCCUAGGAGUUACAAUGCUUUCAACUACUAUUGUAAAACUCUAGAGAGAAAGAAAAAAAGAAUAUUUUAUCCCAAAUUGUGAAGCUCUCCACAUAUCAUCUAUCAACAUAUAAAUUUGUACAAGUAUUCACUCAACUGAUCAACAUUAUUUUCUUCUAUGUUUUCAUCCAUGUCUUUAGUUGAUCCUCUCAAGCAAAAAGAACACAACUGCAUCUAUCCAACACAAGAAGUUGCUAUUAAGAUUGCAAGAGAGCCAAAAAAAAAACAAAAAAAUUUAUGAAACACUCUAAAAAGAAGCAGUGAUUCAUCCAAAACAGAAAAUCCUGGAUGAGCACAACUUACUUAUAUCAUAAUCAUCAUAAAUCUUGACAUGGAGUAAAUCAAUGCACUCAAUAAUCUGUCAUCAACAAAUGAGCGAAAAAGGAAAUCUAUAUCCAAAAUAUACAAUAAUUUAAUACCAAAAUCUAAAGCAACCAGCUUCCACACCGAGAGCACAUAUUUUCCUGUCAUUUUUCCAGUUUUUUCUCUUUUUUUGGCCAGAUAUAAGUUUUAAUCACAUAGUAACAUUGAUGCAAGCUUCUAUACUCAACAGAUUUCUCACUAAGUAGUCAGAUAUAUGUGCGCACACCCAACUGCAGAGAGGGGCAUAGUAAUUCUAGUUAUCUACCAAUAAAUACAUAGCAUGCAGACUCAGAAUGAAGUUGAACAGAACAUAUUUUAAGCUGAUGUUUCCAAAAAUGCAACAUAAUGUUUUAAAAGCAUGUUCCUCUGGAAAUUCUGAUUUUCUCAAUUUGAUUUCAGUUGAGUCUUCAGUCUGCAGUUCACAAAAAAAACAUACAUAGAAUGAUGGAAAAUCAAAGCGCCCCUCAUAUUGAUUGAAUUUGAUCAAAUUGAUUGAAAGGUGGUUUUUUGCAUAUAAAUUAGCAAUAUUCUUACUCUCAUGAUCAAAUCACUGCAAUACAAUUCAUUAUUCAGAAUGAUAAUCUCCAACGCACCAGCAAAAAGAUGUCCUC